AUGCGUGCGACACUUUUACUGUUGGCUUUGGGCUUAGCUGCUGUAGCAGCCGUCCCUAAAAAUCCACAAAAAAUUAUUGGUGGUUCAACGACAACUAUCGAACAAUAUCCUUUCGCUGCGGCUCUUCUUUAUUCUAGGUCUGGUUCUACUUACAAUCAAGCUUGUGGCGGCACCGUAAUAAACAACAGGGCUGUUCUUUCUGCUGCUCAUUGUUUUGUUGGUGACAGACCGAACAAUUGGCAAAUGCGAUUGGGUUCCACCUGGGCCAACAGUGGUGGUGAGGUCUAUCGUACAAACCAGAUCAUCUCUCACCCAAACUACAAUUCGCGCACUAACGAUAACGACGUCGCAAUUUUACGUUCCUCAUCCACUUUCUCGUUUAGCAACAGCGUCCGCGCUGCAAGCAUUGCAGGUUUCAAUUACAAUCUUGGGGACAACCAAGCUGUUUGGGCUAUCGGAUGGGGUACCACUUCUGUUGGUGGACGUCCUUCUGAGCAAUUACGUCACGUUGAAAUAUGGACCGUGAACCAGGACACUUGCAGAAGCCGUUACAGAUUGUUAGGCUUGACUAUUACUGACAACAUGUUGUGCUCUGGUUGGUUGGAUGUCGGCGGCCGCGACCAGUGUCAGGGUGACUCUGGAGGUCCUCUCAUCCACAACGGUGUGAUCGUUGGUGUGUGUUCCUUUGGAUACCAGUGCGCACUCGCUCGUUAUCCUGGUGUUAAUGCUCGUGUCUCGCGCUUUACUUCUUGGAUCCAAUCAAACGCUUAA